AUGCCAGAGGUAGGACUGUCACGCGCCACCUUUGCGAAGCUUUCACCGCACCCAUACCUCCUCGCCAACCUCGAGCCCUCCAACCAAGACAUUCCACCCGCGCGAAGCAACGGCCGCGCCCCCGACGAAGCCCGCACACCCGAAGUGAACCUUUCCUCGCUCUCGCACGCCCAUGGCAGCUCUCUGGUGAGGAUUGGCGACACGACGGCCAUCUGCGGCGUCCGCGGCGAGACCAUCCUGACGGCCAACAUCCCCAACUACCGCGCCUCCAACGCCGCAUCGGAGCUGCGCGACUACGACCUGCUCGUCCCCAACAUUGAGCUGGCGACUGGCUCCUCUCCCCAGAACCUCCCGGGUGGCCCGCCCUCGACACUCGCUCAGACGCUCAGCACGAGAGUCUACUCGCUUCUACACAGCUCCCAGCUGCUCGACGCGGCCGACUUUCGCAUAUGGCACACACAAACGGCGGACCUGACGGCGGCUGACGACGAGGAGAUGCAGGAUGCAGAUGCGGAUGCGGAUGGUGAAGACCAGGCUCAAUUCAACAACGAGCGCCAGGUCAUUGCCUACUGGGUGCUCUACAUUGAUAUAUUCUUCAUCUCCCUUGACGGAAACCAGUUUGAUGCUGCCUGGGCCGCAACGCUAGCUGCACUGCGGGAUACGAAGCUACCGCGAGCUCGGUACGAUCCUGAUAGCGAGCUGAUUGUCUGCUCUAGAAAGGAUCCGAAGCCACUGUCCUUGAAUGGCUUCCCGAUUGCCUGCACAGCGGCCGUAUUUACCGGCAAGGAAACGGAUCGCCCGACCGAGGGCAAGUACUGGGUUCUAGUCGAUCCCGAUACGUUGGAGGAGUCGCUCUGUGAUGAGUCGCUCACAGUAGUCGCGGAUUGCAGCGGAGGAACUACGAGCUUGCUAUCCGUUUCAAAACACGGCGGCACUGUCUUGACGCCGAAGCAUCUGCGGUCGAAACAGCUGCUUGGCUUUGUCGAGAAGCGGUGGAAGGGGUUCGCCGAUGCCAUGUCGGUAUAG